AUGGCGAGUUCGCCGCUACUGUCUCUGCCAUCAGCGCGGCCAUACGGCUUUCAAUUCGACCCCGAACACACCGCACUGGUAAUCAUCGACGUACAGCGCGACUUCGUGGACCCUGACGGCUUCGGCGCCAUUCAAUGCGGCAAUGCUGAGAUUUUCAACUCCGUGCGCAGCAUCGUGCCCGCCAUCAAGGACACGCUGACGGCUUCCCGCCGGCUGGGCUUGCAUGUCAUCCACACGCGAGAAGGCCACCGACCCGACCUGUCCGACCUGCCGGCCAGCAAGCGGGACAGGCAGGUCAACGCGCCCAGUGGACAUCAUACCAUGGGCAUUGGCGACCAGGGGCCAAUGGGUCGGUUGCUCGUGCAGGGCGAGUAUGGACACGACAUCAUCGACGACCUGCGGCCUUUGCCCGGGGAGUCGGUCAUCGACAAGCCCGGGAAGGGGUCCUUCUGGGAGACUAGUCUGCAUCGGGUGCUGAUGGCAAGGGAUAUAACGCAUUUGCUAUUCUGUGGCGUCACGACGGAGUGUUGCGUAACAACGACGGCAAGGGAGGCCAACGACCGAGGCUUCGAGUGCUGUAUCCUCACAGACUGCACCGCGGGCUUCAAUGCGACGUCCGUGGAGGUCUCGCUUAAUAUGUUCUGCUCCUAUGACGGCCUCUUUGGCUAUGUUGCGAGCAGCAACGAGCUUGUCGCGCAUGGCAGCCAGCUUUUGCGCACGCCGCCAGACAGUCCGGCGGCCUGGAAGGGAGAUAUGGACUUGGAAGCCAUCUCCACGCAUAUCCGUAGUCGGAGUUUGCCUCUGCUAGAUCUCGUCACCCGAGUCUUCGACCGUGUUGAGAAAGCAGACCCACACAUCUGGACAUAUGUUAGAUCAAGGCAGGAAGUGCUCGCCGAUGCCAACGCAUUGGAGGCAAGGUAUGCCACUAGCAGCUCCGAUCAGCUACCUUGGCUGUAUGGAGUUCCGUUUGCUGUCAAAGACAAUUUUGAUGUGGCUGGCAUGCCGACUGAGGCUGCGUGCCCAGCGUAUCGAUACUUCCCCAAAGAAACAGCACCUGUCAUCAAAUUGCUGCAGUCUGCUGGAGCCCUGCUCAUCGGAAAGACAAACAUGGACCAGCUCGCAACUGGGUUGAAUGGGUGCCGGUCUCCUUCUGGUAACCCAGUGAGUAUUUUCGGCAGAGGCAAGUACAUCUCUGGUGGCUCGUCGUCCGGGUCCGGUGUUGCCGUUGCUGCUGGACUCGUGACCUUUUCGUUGGGAACGGACACAGCCGGCAGUGGACGGGUCCCCGCCGCUCUUAAUGGCAUUGUGGGAGUUAAACCAACAAAGGGCACUCUGUCUGCGCGCGGCAUCGUCCCCGCAUGCAGAAGCCUCGACACGGCCUCCAUCUUUGCGAAGACCGUGGAAGAUGCUCGUCGCGUAUGGUACGCCGUCGACCAGUAUGACGCAGAAGAUGUCUAUGCAAAAGAUCCCUCUUCAUUGCCCCUAGCCAUGUCGGACUACCGGGCCAACCCAACUUUCACCUUUGCCGUUCCACCUGAGUCUGUGGUCAAAGCGUGCGAUCCGUCAUAUCAGAAAGCAUUCGCCAACGCUCUUGCCAGGUUGCAGAAUAUGGGCGGGCUAAUGCUCACCUUAUCCAAAGAUGGCUAUAAGCCAUUCCAGAUGGCCAGUGACCUGCUGUAUUCCGGUACUUUAGUGAACGAGCGCAUUGCAUGCAUCGGUCCGGAAUUUCUCACCACGAACCUCGACACUCUCCACCCUGCGACGCAGGCGCUGUUCAGGGGAGUUAUUGAGCGACCCACGAAAGCGUGGGAAGUCUAUCGAGAUCAGGAAUUACAAGCCACCGCCACAGCGGAAGCGGCGCGGCUCUUUUCUCGAUUCGCAGGAAAGGUUGAUGUGCUCGUCACGCCUACUGUACCUUGCCAUCCGACUAGUGAAGAGAUGGAGAGUGAUCCUAUCCAGCUGAACGCCAAGUUGGGUCUCUUUACGCAUUUCGGCAACGUGCUUGAUCUCUGUGCCAUUAGUGUGCCUGCCGGUGUUGUCGUCGCUAGCGAAGGGUCGCAGUUGCCCUUUGGAAUCAGCUUGGUGUGUGCGAGAGGGCUUGAUGGGAAGAUGUUCAGUAUCGCGCGCCGGUUUGAAAAGGGUUCGAAGUGA